AUGGAGAAAAUUUCCCUAACCAAAUUUGAUCUUUUCAUGAUACUUUUCAAGUGUAAGAGAAACCAAACCAGAGACCUCUCCAAAUUCCCAAUAUCCGGGCUCUCGUUGACCGUCACAGUUGACUCAACCACUCGGUCAACCAUCUUGAGGACCUCGCUCAUCAUAGGCCGAUUCCUCGGGUGCUUGAGCAGGCACCGGUUGGCAAUGGCCGCCAGCCGCUGGGCUGACCUGGGCUCGUACCUUCCGUCGAGCUUUGGGUCUAAGAUCUGUUCAAAUUUCUUCAUGUCUGAGAGGUGGGCCCGGACAAAGUCCAGGAGCAUCUGCUCGUUCUUGGGCCUGUUACGGUCCAGUGGGCGUCGGCCCGUUAUGAGCUCGUAG